AUGGAGCUCCCAGCAGUUGCUCAAUUUAUCAAAACGUACUACCCUAAAGUCACGGAUUAUCAGAACGCCCCGAAGCUUCUACUGAUUUCUUGGGAUCAUGGACUCAUUGAAGAUGAGUUUGGAGAAGUCUAUGAAGACUUUGACGGCCUUGACGAGGAUUCGAUGGAGGAUGUUCUGACAGACAUCACGCUCCUGGUCCGUCUGCGCGCGCAUUGCCCCACCUUUACUGCCAAAUUCGUCUCCCGCCGGGUACUCGAAGACGAUGUGCCGAACUGCCCAUGCGGUGAUUGUGGACAUAGUAUUCAUUGCGCAUGCGAUGACUAUUGCGAUCACGAAGACGCUUUCGAUAUAGCACGCUUGGAAAUGGAGGAGAGCUAUCGGUACUUGAAGGGACUAAACACAUUUCUCAGUAACAGCAACAAUUCCUGGCUCAAGAUCUUCCGCGACACCGUCCGUGUAGGUACUCUCGUGGAGUUCACUUUCGACAUCAACACUCAACAUCCCACUAUCUUCAUUCGCUUCCCUCAAGGUUGCGCUCCUAAAGGAUUUCAUUUGAAGAACAUGUACAGCUGUUCUCUAGUCCUUCUCGACCGCUUGGGUAUGUUGGAUCUCGAGCACUACGAGCUACUUGACUAUGUUAUCGGCGAAGCAACUGGCAAAUAUACGCGUCAUGUGGGCGGACAUGGUUUACAGGUACACUACAACCAGAUUCACUUUGAUGGACGUACCAUCGCCAGCUGGAAGAAAGGGAAGGAGGCUAAGGCAUCGACUCCCUAG